GGCAACUUCGCCCUUCUCCCAUUGCGAACCCGGACUCGCGGUCCUGCCCAGCAGCUCCCCGCUCUCCCCGCCGAUGUCACAGAGCUCACCAUUGAUGCCUCACACGAGUCCUACGACCCCCUCGACGAGGUGCUCUCGCUUUUCCGUGCCAACACAUUCUUCCGCAAUUUCGAGAUCAAGGGCCCCGCCGACCGAGUGCUCAUUUAUGGAAUCUUGUUUGUGAGCGAGGUGCUGGGCAAGAUCAAGCCGACCAUGAACAGGAGAGAAGCCGAGAAGUCAGUAAUGAACAUUGCACUUGACACCAACUUCGCCAUUCCAGGAGACGCAGGAUUCCCGCUCAACCAAGCUUUCGAGGCACCCCCCAGCAGGCAGGAUGCGGAAACUCUAAGGCAAUAUCUCGUGCAGAUGCGACAAGAGCUGGCCACUAGGCUGUUGAACAGGGUGUACGGGGACGGAACAAACGUGCCAAGCAAAUGGUGGUUGAGCUUUACGAAGAGGAAGUUCAUGGGUAAAGCUUUGUAAAUUGAUGGGGGCGCGGGUCGAGUCGAAGGAGCGAAGAGGGAUUGAUUCGUGAUGAGUUGAUAAAUAUUAGAUCAUGAUAGUUAUUGCAAGGGGCGGUACACAAAAUUUCAAGCCACCUUUUGAAGAAGGCAG